AAGAGGGGCGGGGCUUGUACAUCUCGCUUUGCAAACCUGUCAUGUGACAUGACAGUAGCUGAAAAGAGAGAGCUAGAGAAGACUGCUUCUUCUACUACUAAAGUACUGCAGUGGAGCCAUGUCGCUAUCAGGGGUGGGAAGAUCACAGAUUGAAGGUCUCAUCGAGGCUCUGGUAGAUGCAGCCUGUGACAAAGAAGACUCUGUCAGUGAUUCAAUUUUCAAGAGCAUUGUGGACAUUGGUCGUAAGAAGUACGUCAUUGUGCUGGAAAGAUGUCUGGCGUAUCUAACGAAACACAACAAGCUCCCUAGAGACCAUCGGAUAAUUCUACUCAAACUGAUGGAAAGUAUCAGCAAAGAGCACAUCAACAAACUCAGCGAUAAUCUCUCAAACAAGUUGGUCAGUUUGGCGUCUUCAGAGCUCACAAUGAGUAAAGAGGUGGAGCCAGCAUGGCAGGGGGCUGCCUCCAGCUUGCUGAGCACCAUGGGCAUCUCACACGCCAAGCUUGUCAUGCAGGAGCUACUCACAAAGUUUCAACCUGGAGGAAGUCCUCAUUUCUUUGUCGUGAACACUCUGGGGCAGCUCGCCACUUCCAAUGUGUCUGAGGUGGUGCCCAUGUUGUCUACCGUGCUCAGUCGGAUGAUCCCAAUGCUGGGAGCUACCAAACAAGACAACAUGCAAUGGGUCUUUGCUUUCGCCACGUCUCGAUUCAGUGAGGCCAUUAUUGACUUCCUGGCCGACGAACAGAGAGCAGCUGAGGCUAGGAUAAGAGCAGAGGACUUCGAGGGAGAAGCCUACUCCAUCUAUGAGCUCUUCACCUCCAUCUGGCUGCAGUCCAAAGAGUCCAAGCUUCGAAUGGCAGUAGUGGAGGCAAUAGGGUACAUAGUGCACCUGGUAUCCCCCGCCCAACUGGACUCACAGCUGCCCAAACUACUCCCCCUCAUUGCACAGCUCUACAAGAAACACCAGGAACACUACUACAUCUCACAGUGCUUGUGUAUGGUGGUGGAUGCAGCUUGCAAGAAACAAUGUGAGAGUUUCCAAGCUCUACUGGACAACCUCCUCAUCAUGCUGCAUACACAUGCCUCUGUUCCCGUGGUGAUGUCGAACCCUGUCACAAUCAAGAACCACAACGAACUACUCCGUUGCUUUGCCGUCAUCACAAAGGCCAACUCGAACAGAGUCGUGUCGUUCCUCCUGGCCAAGAUGGAGAUCAACCAGGAGAAGGUGAGGCUGGCCACACUGGACGUUAUCAAGCACCUCAUCAACUCCUGUGACAGUGAGCUGGAGGACAAGAAGCCGCUGAUUGUGAGUGGACUCAAGAUUGUACUACACGACCAAACGCUCAAGGUGUGUCGACUGUUUAACCAGGUGAUAAUUGCCAUGGCCAGUCAUGGCUACCUUUCACUGGAGGGUGGUCAGCUCAUGGUGGAGUUCAUUGUGCGACAGUGCUCCUUUAAUCCUGAUGAUAAAGCCCUGGCCAAGUUGGCAUCCGAGGAGGUGUCUCCAGUGGCACUGAGAGACAUGAGCAGCAAGUCACUGCAACUCAUCACCACUACCAUCGAGAAUAUGGACCAGGUCCUGUGGCCAUUCCUGAUAGAGUUCCUGGUUCCCCCUGCCUACACCAAUGCCCUGGGUAUUGUGGCUCGCUGUGUGACUGAUAUUGCCACUGAGAAGAGGCAGAAUAACGUGGACGAGUAUGACCUCAACUAUGAGGAGCUGGUGAACUUGCCCAAGCCCCCUGUCCUGUUAGCUCGGCUCCUAGUGAUGGCUGGUCACCCUGGCAACGGGCACGGACGUGGGGAGCAUGUACUGUCUUGCAUGAGAGCACUGGGUCCCAACAUCAAAGAGGAGGUGGUCAACAUGUGGGACACUGUCAUCCCUAAGCUACAGACUUAUAUCAAUGAGCAAACUACACAGGGCACUUGGGACCAGAGGCACUGGGAGGACCUCAUGCUGAAGUUUCUCUCCCGUACGAUUGAUGAGGUAGACUCUGAGGAAUGGCUCAUAGAGCUGGGCAAUGCAAUGGGUGACAAGGAAACCAUCCUCUCCAGCUACUCUGGUUACUCACAAGAGAAGGGGUUCCUCUUCAAGUGUUUGGGAAUCAUUAUGAAGAAGUCCAACCAGAAGCAGUUUGUGCAGAAACACCUGGACGCAAUGUUUGCAACUAUCAGGCACGCCAGCCAAGACGAGAGAGAGGGUGCUGCCUUUGGAGCUGGUUUCUGUGCUGCCUCUCAUCUGGACACUGUGGUUGCUAAGCUAGAGGCUGUUACCAAGGAGGACAUGGUUCGUAAGAGCAAAGGAUUCUUUGGGUUCAGUAAAGACAAGAGUGAGGCUGACGUUGAGAACAUCAAGGCAACUGUCAUGCUGUGCUAUGGCUACGUCACCUUCCACUCUCCACCACAGUUGAUUACUUCUCGUGUUGAAGUCAACAUCCUGCGAAGCAUCAACCCACACUUUGCCAAAGUGAAGGACACAACAGUCAAGCAGAACCUGAUCCGUACGAUCGAUCUGAUUGGACGUGCUCUUCAUCCGGACCAUCUCAAAACCAACGAUUUUGUGUUCUCCAAGAGAGGUGAUCUGAUCAACCAUCUCCUUGGUUACAUACGAGCUGAGCCAAUCAAUACUCCCAUAGCCACGGAGACUAGGUCACUAGCCAUUCGAGGGCUGGCCACAUUAACCAAGCUGGAGCCUAAACUGACACCAGCUGAUCAGUUUGACGUGAUCAAGGUAUCCACUGACUCCGUGUUCCCCCUCCUCAUGGCAGGGGGUUGUAUGUCUAGCAGCAGCAAGAAGAACAAGGAAAUCAUUAACCCUGAAGAGAGCAACAAGCUGUUUGAGGGCGCCAUGGAUGCUGUGUCUGACCUCCUGGUCACCAUACUCAAGAAGGACGUCUCCUCUGACAACUUGGACUCCAUCUUUAAGCAUCUUGAGGAGUGGACCCAAUCUGAGACCGAGGUGGAGCGUUGCCGUAGCAUCAAGUGUCUCUUAGCGCUCCUCAAGACCUACCACACUCAUUCUGAGACCAACGAGGCGUCACGUGAGCUGGCCAUGCAGGGUCACCUACUCGGUCGUAUGGUUCCCCGCUGCUCUGACCCCUCCCUCUUUGUACGCCAGGCGGCUGUGGAUUGUAUACAACUCACUCUCAAGAUAGCCACUGCUGUACCAGGUGUGACUGACCAGCUGGUGGAGGCCCUCACUCUGCUCAGGGAGAGAGCUGAGAACGAUGAACCAAACGCAUUGUUCAGUCUCGUCAAUGACCUCUCCAAGGUGCUGUGUAAGAAGGUGUCCAGUAUCCACCUGUGGUCGAUGGUGACGUACCUGUUGGACGGGCUCAUCGACUAUCAGGGCCACAGCUCCAGUGGAGCGUGUGUCGUGCUCAACCAGAUCGUCAAGCAACGAGGCUCCACCCUCAGCGAACAGAUACCUGACUUGAUUGACGGGGUGCACGACAAGCUGUGUGGAGUGAACAACCCUCAGACUAGGACAGGGACACUGCGCUGCAUGAGGACAAUGUGUCAGCUGUUCCUCAACUCAGUCAUCACACACAUGCUCAACCAGCCACUACCCUGGGACGAGCAGUGGGUGUCCAUGUGGCAAGUGUUUGUGGGGGAGGGGCCUCUCCUGGAGCAGGUGCUGACCCACCUCCUGGAGGUCGUCAAACUCAGUCUACCCUAUCAGGAGAAGAUCAAGAGUGGCAAGACACUCCGCAUGGAGACUGCCGUCCCUAAGGCAGCUAUUCAUGCGAUGGGUGUUCUCCUGUCAGUACCCGAGUCUAUGGAGGCUGGUAAGAAGUUGUUUUCCCGACUGCUGGCUGUCAUCCUACUGAGAGUGGGGGUGAGUGCUACCAUUGACGAUAAGGACAGUAAAUCAAAGGCUCCAUCAAACUCAAAAGUGGCUGUGGACUCGCUGCGUAUAUUCCUCGAGUGCACAGAGAGUCAGCUGAUGCUGGAGAGACUCGAGUCUCAGAAUGUAUGGCCAUUAUUCGAGGGAGAUGAGACGUAUCCCCACGGUAUGCUGCACACGGCACGGGCCCUCUCAGAAGAACACCACGCCCUCAAUAAGGAGGUGGUGGACGCUCUCAGCUCCUCCCUCAACAGUGUGUACGAUGAUCACAGAAUCACCAUCGUUGCUUUCUACUCUGAGCUGGUGUGUACUCUGGUGGAGGCACAGGAUACCCCUCUAGCAGAGCAGAUCAUGAACAAUCUUUUGGGUAGACAGGUGGAUGCUAACUACGUCGUGAGGAUGUAUUGUAUCCGAGGUCUUGGUAACAUGUCCUCCAUCAACGAGACACAGGUGUCACAGUUCUCGACCACCAUUCUCUCAGCAAUGUUGGCAGGUAUGGAUGACAGAGAGGACCCAGCUGACCUCAUCACCAUGGAAGCCAUGUCUGGCCUUGCUAGGAUCUUUGAGAAGAUUGACGAGGGACAUGUGCGACCUAUCCUCAUCAACAUUGCCCUCAGAAUAAGACCCUGCUUUGAAAAGCCGACCCCUGCAGUGCGAGCCGCUGCGUUCACCCUGUUUGGCAGUCUGUCACGGUUUGGCAAUGGCCCGAGUGAGCAGCCAUUCCUCGAGCAGAUACAGACCAACUUUGUCACUCUCCUGGUGCAUCUCAACGAGUCCGAUCCUGUCGUUGUCAUGGCGUGUAAGGCGGCGUUGCAGAAAGUGGGUCCACUGAUGAAGUCAGAUAAGAUCAACGCCAUGUUUCAGAAGCACUGCAACCCGGAGGAGCAGCUGUUGUAUGCUGAGUUCCUUAACGACCUCUGCAAACUCAUUGUUGCUGACUUCACCAACAAGGUCAACUCGUACGUGAUGAACUCUGUCAUGUUCUUCAAGAGUAUGUGGCCGGAGGUCAAGUGCAACGCAGCUCUCUUUGUGGGCUACAUGUUAGGGAACCUACCUGCUGAUAAAGCUGGGAUCAUUUCUAAAGAGCACGUGUGUGAAGCUCUGACGCUGUUGCUAAGAGACCCGUCUCCCCUGGUGAGAGCCAGCACAGCUGAAGCUAUGAGCCUCCUCUAUGACUACUAGUCUAGUUAUUAUUGUGUCUGUGUGUGUUCGUGUGUUUUGUACCCACUAUUGCCCGCACUUUGUGUGAGAUGAGACCGUUGAUUAUUAAUUUAUUGUGCUUUGAGCAGUUUCAAAUAAUUUAUUGAUUUCUAGUCAA